AUGGAAUUAAAGGUUGCAGAAGCGGAGAGAGCUGUUCCAUUUAAUAGUGGGUUUCUAGUUGGCGUACAAGUUCGUCGCACAGACAAACUGAUAUGGGAAGCGAAAUAUCAUGCGCUGAAAGAGUAUAUGACCUGGACAGAAAAUUGGUUCAAAGUUGAAGAGCAUCGCUUUCAUGCUUCUCUCGAACGCAAGAUGUUUCUGGCAACUGACGAAGCGGCAGUAAUCGAUGAGGCUUUUGAAAAAUAUAAAAAUUAUCAAAUUUUCACAAAUAGAAGCAGAGCUCUAGGAGCUAAAAAGGAAACGAGAUUCGCAGAGCCAUCUCUCACUGGCAUCAUCAUAGAUAUCUACAUGUUGUCAAGGUGUAGUCACUUGGUUUGUACACUCAGCUCGGGGGUUUGCCGGCUUGCUUAUGAGCUAAUGCAAGCACGGUUCUUACGUACUGGAAACGAGGUUUAUUCUGUUGAUGGCGAUCCCUACGAAAGAGAACAAAUUGUCGUUUACGAACAUAAAGCCGAAUCUGAAGAAGAAAUUGACAUUGUUGUAGGAGAUCACAUUAAGUGCACGUUAAACCAAGGAAAUGGUUAUUCUUAUGGUUUAAACAACAGAACAGGAAAAACUGGAAGGUAUCCCUCUUAUAAAGUGCGCAACGUUUGGGCAACUUACUAA